UCAUCUGUCUAAUAUGAUAAGCCCAAUAUAUGGGCCCAACUGAAUUAGGGUUUCAUCACUGGCAGUGGCAGAAGACUGAAAACCUACUUCUCACACCAGAGAACCUCUCUCUCUUCUCUCUCUCUUCUCCACUCUCCAUCGCCAAGUUCAAUUCUCAGGAUUUCGAAAACGUUGUUGAUUCUCACUCAGACUCGGCAACAAUGUCGAUGUCUAAGAGCUCUAAGAUGCUCCAGUACAUCAACUACCGCAUGAGGGUGAGCAUCCAGGAUGGUCGCCAGCUUGUUGGCAAGUUCAUGGCUUUCGACCGCCACAUGAACCUUGUCCUCGGUGACUGUGAGGAGUUUCGCAAGCUUCCUCCGGCCAAGGGAAAGAAGACCAACGAGGAACGCGAAGAUCGCCGCACCCUAGGUUUGGUUCUCCUCCGUGGGGAAGAGGUCAUUUCCAUGACUGUAGAAGGCCCACCUCCGCAGGAAGAGUCCCGAGCUAAAGCUGCUAAUGCUGCAGCAUUGGCUGGGCCUGGAAUUGGUCGUGCUGCAGGCCGUGGUGUACCCACUGCACCCCUUGCUCAAGCCCAGCCUGGACUUUCUGGUCCAGUGCGUGGCGUUGGUGGCCCUGCUCCAGGCAUGAUGCAGCCACAGAUAUCUCGUCCUCCUGUCCCGAACCUUGCUGCUCCGCCAAUGUCGUAUCCUGCUCCUGUUAUUCGGCCGCCUGGUCAGAUGCCUGGCUAUCCCGGUCAGGGUCCGCCUCCAAUGGCACGUGGCCCUCCCCCAGGUGGGCCGCCACAGUUUGGUGGUAGGCCUGGUGGGCCACCGCAGUUUCCAGGCCCACCACCUCAGUUUGGGCAACGGCCCAUGGGACCUCCUCCUCCUGGUCAGAUGAUGAGAGGACCACCUCCUCCACCCAGGCCCGGAAUGCAGGCACCGCCUCCUCGUCCUGGGAUGCCGCCUCCUCCUGGUGGUGGCGUUCCUGUGUUUGGACCGCCCCGCCCGGGAAUGCCUCCUCCUCCAAACCCUCAAAAUCAGCAAAAUCAACAGCAACAACAGUGAUUCGGAGAGAUGGUGAUUUAAGGGAUUUUGGAUUUAUUAAGUCAACAUUUGUAGUGGAUUUGGAAUAGUGUUAAUGUUUGUGCCUUUUGUACUUGAGAAUUUUGUUUUAGUAGAUAUGCUACUAUCUUGUAACAGUGUGAAUCUCUUUGUUAGUAUAGUUAGUAAUACAUGAAGGAUUAGAUGUUCUUUUUAAAA